AUGAGGGAUGAGGCUCAACGAUCCAACCAAAGUCUGAUUUCUGCCUUCUUUGGUCAGGCUGCGAAGAAACGCAGAACCGAUCAGGAAGAGAGGAUUGCUGUAGAUGCUACCGAGCCCGCUACUGAUUCUCCAUCGUUUGCAGAUGAUACAGUCGAACCUCAUCAGGCAAGUGAUGACAAAACUUUAGAGAAUAUUGCUCAGUGCUCAUCGGCAUCAGCAACUAGUAAUCCAGAUGCUGAACUCCACCACUUGCAGCACGACUCUUACACCACAUCAUCUACGGAAUCAAUGAGGCAGAAUAUUCCUAUGAGGGGGCACAGAGACGAUGGGCCACUCAAUUUAGAGAUGAGUGAUACAGUCUCUAAUGAGGGUAACUUUAGAGCUUUGAUUAAAUUUAGAAUUGAUGCUGGGGAUAAAGUUUUGGAGGAUCACAUCAAUACAUCAUCAUCAAGAUCCACUUACAUCAGCAAAUCUACUCAGAAUAAUAUCAUAGAGUGCUGCAAAGCAGAAAUUACUGAUGUUAUUCUGAGUAGAAUUGCGAAAGCUGAGCUUUAUUCGAUUAUGUUUGAUGAAACCAGUGAUAUUUCACAGAGAGCACAGGUGAGUAUUGUACUGCGUUAUGUGCACUUUGAAAAUGAGUUUGAAAUAAGAGAGGACUUCAUCACAUUUAUUGAUGCAUUUGAAGACAUGAAAGAAGCUGAUGAAGAUAAUCUGGGCGACGAAAGAAGUAAUAGUGAGGUCGAAAUGAGUAUUAGUGGUAAGAACCUGGGUGCAAUCAUUUUGAGAAAAAUUGACGAUUUAAAACUUCCUUUUGAUAAGUGUAUAGGGAUUGGAACUGAUGGCUGUAGCGUUAUGCUGUCUGAUAAUGGGGCUGUCAAGGAGAUACAAAAAAUUGCUAAAAAUGCUAUAACAACACCCUGCUAUAACCAUAAGUUGAACAAUAGCAUUUCAAAAUGCUCCAAUAUAAAACUCAUAGAGAAUUCAGUGAGUGUUCUAAAAGAGGUGAUCGCUUUCUUCUCAUUUCCAAAAAGAAAUACAGCAUUGAAAAAUUUUCUUGGGAAGAAAAUGACUCACCUAUGUGAAACCAGGUGGACUGAGAGGCAUGAUGGAGUUCUUCAGUUCACAACCAGUUUACCUGAUAUCCUGGCUUGCCUACAUAAAAUUUCUGAGUGGAAGGAUAAAAAAACCUCAGGCAAAGCAUCCUUAUUGAUAACCGCCUUAUGUGACAGUAAACUAAUAAUUGGUUUAUUUUGCCUUAGUGAUAUCUUGAGUUUAUCUCUGCCAUUGAGUAGAAUACUACAAAAAGAAACACUGGACCUUUGUAAGUCAGCCGAACUUCUAAAUAGCCUUCUAGAGCUGUUGAAUGAGAGAAGGCAAAACAGUAUUGAGUACUUCAAUUGUGUCUACAUGCAAGCCCAAGAAAUCGCCAGGAAAUUGGACGUUGAACUGAAAAUCCCAAGAUUAUGUGGGCGUCAAACUGAACGGUCCAAUCAUCAAUCAGCAACAACAGAAGAGUACUUUAGACUCACUGUGUAUGUUCCAGUACUGGAUAAUAUAAUUCAGGAUCUAAAGACAAGAUUCACAUCUGAUGUCCUUAACGUAUUCCACCUCCCCCUACUGCUUCCAGAGGGAAUUGUAAAUACUAGUGUGCAAGAUAUGCAAAAAUCAAUUGAUCCUAUUAUGAAUAGAUUUGGUUCAAUAAUGAAAGAUAAUCGUGACCUGUCUUCCCUGAAGCUUAAUGCAGAAAUGGCUCAUUGGAGAAACAAAUGGCAGAGAUAUAAUAAGGAAGGGUUGCCAUUACCAACAAACGCUUUGAAUGUCUUGAGAGAAUGCGAAAAAGACAUCUACCCAACGAUCCAUUUUCUAUUGAGAGUUUUGUGUACUUUACCUGUAAGUAACGCAAGCUCAGAAAGAUCUUUCUCAACUCUGCGACUCUUAAAAACUUGGUUGAGGAGUACAAUGUCGGAGAACCGUCUAGUAGGAUUGGCCCUACUUUACAUUCACCCGGAUAUAGUUAUAGAUCCUGAAAAAAUUGUUGAGAGGUUUGCCAAAUCAGGGACCCAUAGAAUAAUUUUAUAA